GGUUGUGUCUGACACCUACGUUCUACUCUGGAUUAAAGGAUGACAAUGUACAUGUAUGUCUGACAAAUAAGUUCUACUGUGAAGUAAAAUGUCAUGCCUGACAGCUGGGUUCUACUCUAAGGUAACAGGUAUGCCUGACAACUAGACUACAUUCUGAAGAACAGGCUAUGCCUGACAACUACAUUGUAGGUUCUAUUUUGAGGUAAAAGAUUAUGCCUCACAACAAGGACAACAAGAUUCUACUCUCAUGCCUCUGAAGAAAAGGGUUUUGUCUCACAACUAGGUUCUACUCUGAUUAGUAAUGUGGUCUAGCGAACCAUGAGGAGAACGUCACACCUCUUGAUACUUAUACAUGCACUAGUGCUGGAUGCCAAAAGUCACAGGGCCAACAUUCUGAAUGUGUCGAGGGAACCACCUUCUCCAAUUUCAUUCUGGCCAAUCAGCAACAAUCUACACGAUACGACUACCCAGUCUAAUAGGAGAUAUGCUGUAUUAAAUGGACCAUCUAUUCAUGUCCCAGGUGUUUACAGUUCUCCUGAUUUUGGUUAUGUGGAAGUUGAUAGCGGGAACUCAAUUACAAUCCAAAACAUAGACGGUAACAUGGAUGGUGAUGACGCAAUGACCUGGGUAUUUUAUGUUCGUAUGACGUCACCUCAGACAGCGACCCUUUUACAAUACACAGGUUCUUCAGCUUUACCUGGUUUUACCUUCGGUAUUAAUGGAAACACAUUAUAUGUCUCAUUUUUAGACACAGAUUAUGUGUCACAUUCCUUUAUUAGUGAUCUGACCGUACCGGUAGAUGGAAGUUGGGUAUUUAUCGGUUUUACGUUCAACAAACUAUGGACAAAUGAUGACCACAUUGAUCUUAUUUACUUUCAAAAUGGCGAACCGAAGACCUCUACCUUUGGUCUUGGAACUAAUUCAGUUUCUGUGGAUGCGCAUGGUGAUAUCAUUAUUGGAAACACGUUGGAUAAUAAACAGCCAUUCACAGGGGACAUAACGUGUAUACAAUUCUACGACACUUCUUUGAUGGGCGGAACAUUGACGGAUUCGAUUGAAUUGUGCGACCCAACUUUAAACACUCUACCAGGAGACUAUACACUGACCGGACAGACCACAAUACAAGGAGUGAUUAUCACAAAAGAUUCUUCCUUAUCUAAUGGCGGGUCAACAUGUGACUCGAUAUGUGAAAUUUUGAAUUGGAAUCCAUGGAGCGAUUGUACAGCUUCGUGUGCAGGAGGUUCUCGUACCCGACAUCGUACUUUUUGUUGCCCACCCGGAACUGAUGGUCCAACAUGUUUAGGGGUAAACUGUAAAGAUGUCAUAACUAUUAGCCAGAUUUACGAGCAGGUGGCAUGUAAUACAUUCUGUUAUAAUGGCGGAAGUUACAGUAAUACAUGCCAGUGUACUGCAGGAUGGACUGGACACUGCUGCGAUACUCUUGUAGUAUGUGGUAAUCCAGAUAUACCAAACAAUUCCCGCCUAGUAGUGCAGGAUUAUUAUUAUUCAAACCUGUCCGCCGUCGUUUGUGACGUAGGAUACGCAGUGUCCUCUGGUGAUGCAAUUAGACUAUGUAACAGCUCAGGGUUAUGGAACGGAACAAAGGCAGUAUGUUCAAUUGCUGACUGGAAAUAUGAUCCGAAUGGCGGUCACGGCAACUUUUCUCAUUUACUUGUAGACAAGUCAACCUUAUCCAAACAACGUAGAAUGUUAUUUAGUGUUUAUGAAAGACACACGAGUAAAAUGGCUUUAGGUCUAACCGGUAUAACUAUAAUGAGUAUAUUGUGUUUCUACCUUGUAUGUAUGGACUGUUUAUCCCUUUUAAGGAUAUAUAACCGAAAAGUAAAAAGUGGGAUAAAGGAAAACAUGUUACAACCUAAUGCAUAUCAUGAUGGUCUAUCGAAGAAUCUUAUUCAAGCAACGACUCAAGAGAAGCUAUUUCACAACAGACUCAAAUUUUAA